AUGCUAUCACCAUCUUUCAUGCUACCCAUUAAAAGUGAGAAAAGUUCUCACAGUGGCAAAAAUGUGUGUUGUGUAGUGCCUGGAACCAUUGCAAACUCAUCCCAGUACUUUCUCUCAAUUUUUCUCCAUGACGGCCUCGAGACGCUCUACAUCGCCUUGCGCUUCAAUGCAGACAGCAAGGUCAAGGUAUUUGCCCUCGCCGACAUCUUUGGCGCCGCUGACUUCAGUGGCCCGCGCCUGGAGGACAGUGGCUGCAUCGGCGGCGGAUAUAAUGUGGGGUCUCGCAUGGUUGGGCACUCUCUCAUCUACGUCUCCACCAAGGAACCGGUGCAGGAACGUCGCAGCCCCUGGACCGUCGUGUACAAAACCAACCUUUCAACAGGCAAGACAGAGCGUCUCACUCCAAAAGGUGUGUUCGAUUUGAGCCCGGCUGUGUCGCCGUCAGGGAAAAUGGUAGCAGUGGCAUCGUUUGAAAGCAAGAGUUGGAACGGCGAGAUCGAGAACCUCAAGACUGACAUCUACGUGAUGAGCAUAGACAGUGAGGAGGGCCUAGAGCGCAAGCUACUCAUCAAGAACGGCGGCUGGCCCUCGUGGGGCAGCGAUAACAUCAUCUUCUUCCAUCGAGGCACCGAUAAAACCCUUUCCUCGAGCAAGGUUGAAACAGCUUGGGGCGUGUUCCAGUACAACAUCACAACCAACGUGACUAUCCGGGUGACUCCAUAUGAGUUGGAUGCAGUGACUCCGGCGGCCAUCAGCGAGACCAAGUUAGCAGUGUCGACCAUCCGGCAGAAGUCCAAGUUCUGCGAUGUCCGCGUGGAGGCGCAGUACCGGCACAUCGAGAUCUUUGACACGAAUGCCCUGGGGCUGCAGCCGGUGCAGAUCACGCAGAAGAUGAGGCCGAAAUGUGACCAUUACAACCCUUUCGUGCUGGAAGGUGGGGCGCGCAUCGGGUACCACCGCUGCAGGAGCAACCUCAUGAAGCACGAAGACCAUGUGUCACAGAACUUGCACAAGCUGGAGUCCCCAGUGACGGACGUGGGUUUGUUUCAGGUGUCUGGUGCGUUUCCAACCAUCUCCAAGGACGGAUCCAAGCUCGCCUUUGUCGACAACGAGUUCAAGACUCUGUGGGUUGCCGACAGCAAAGGGCUGCGCAUUGUGUUCAAGAAUGAUAGCCAAAACAAGAUCUUCUCCCCUGUGUGGAACCAGAACCCUAACAAGGACACCCUCUACAUCUGCACUGGCACUUCCUUCAACGACCACAGGCCACUGGAGAUCUAUGCCAUCCGAAACGCCUCUGGCCCCCCAGCAAAAUUACAAACCCACAGACUCACCUUUGGCGGGCUCAACAACGCGUUCCCCUCGAGCAACCCAGAAGGGGACAAGCUGGUGUUCCGGUCAAUGAGGAAGAACGGUGAACACGAGCCAAAGUACAAGAACUUGUACAUAAUGAUGGACGCAGGAAAGGGAGAACUCUGGCAAGGUUGGGAGACGCAACUGACGAGAGGGAACUGGACAGACACCCACUGCCAAUGGUCCCCAGACGGGGAUUGGAUUGUAUUCUUGUCGACACGCGACAAGCCGGAAAACACCACUACGCGGGGCAAAGACCCCUUGUCGACACGCGACAAACCGGAAAACGCCGCUAAGCGGGGCAACGACAUGGACCCGUGGCACUUCUCCGUGUACCUAGUGAGGGCAACUGACCCGACGGUGGUGAUCAGGGUGAUGAGUAGUGGGGGCGAUCUUGGCGGUCACAUAAACCACCCGGUGUUCAGCCCGGACGGGAGGAGCAUCGCCAUGAUGGCUGAUCUCGCGGCGGUGUCGGUUGACCCAAUGUCGCUGCCCAUGUUUGGGCACGCAGUGCGGACCUACGGUGACGUCUUCGUCGUGGACAUCAACCCGAGCAACUCGAAGGAGAACAAAGACGUGAUCAAAGGAAUCCACCGGAUAACGCACAGCAGGUAUGAGUGCGGGGCGCCAGCUUGGACUCGUGCAUUCGCCGUGACAAGCUUGGAGGCAUGCACACCGUCAUAUCCAUACGUCCACGGUGACGGUGCUGAGAGCUGGCACAAGACCGGGCACCUCUGGAUCCCCAAGAGGGCUUGCUGA